AUGACCCGCGUCGAACCAACAACCACCCAGACCACCCCGCACGGGGUGAUCGAGAUCCAAAUCAUGACCGGCGGCCAUCUCAACCUCGUGGUGCUCCGGACCCAGGACCCCCGAUUCGAGGUCGAUGACUGGGCGCCGGCCCUCCAGCUGCUCCAAGAGCAGUGGAGGCGCAAGCGCCAGGACGAGCACCUCGAGUGUCGCGACCAGCCGAUCGGUGGGAUGAUCUGCGUCGGGCCUUACAUUCGACUGUACAUCGAACCCUUGACUGCGGACGGCGGCAACGGCCCGGCCCGGCGCUUCGAAUUCCAGGGCCGCAACGAGUUCGACGACUUCGGGCCGCACGUGCAGCCCUUCGAGGGGAUGCCCCCACUCGUCUUUCUGGAGUUCAUUCGCACUGUGCGCGCGGGCCGUGUUGAACGUGAUGUGUCGCAGCCGGAGGCGGAGGGCGAUCUUAAGUCCGAUACGAGAACCGGUCUUCAAUUGAUCGGUUUGCAAUUGGAAUUGUUGGAGUGUGUGAAAUGGCUAAGCCUGGAGCACUUUGAGCCUGAAGGUGAAGAGGAGAAGGAGGAGGAAGAGGAGAAGGAGGUGAAGAAGGAGGAGGAUGAAGAGAAGAAGGUGAAGAAGGAGGAAGAGGAUGAGGGACAGGCCUGUUAG